AGUUGUAAGUUUCUUUUUUGGGGUAAAUUGGUAAUUGGCUCCUUCAUCCUCUUCCUUUCUUAACACGUAUAUUUUCCCCCAUUAACCCAUGCUGUUUCUCUCCACUCCAGUAGUACAAGCCAGAAACUUCUAUAAUCUUCUCCUUUUCUAUGCUCCUCUCAGACUCAGAGACCUUGAAAUCAUUUUCUUUGAGAGAUCUCCAUUUAGUUCCAAGUCUAUGCAAAUUUCGUCAUUUCUCAAUAAAUCAUCUAUGAAUACACUGAGAUACAACCAAAAGCUUGAAGGCGAAGGAAAGAGAAUAUUUAUGAUAUUUUUCCCUCUUGGCCUUGAAAGAUUACCAUGGGAUGCAUUGUACUAUAUGAAGUAGCAUGCUUUUGUUGCGUACUGGCUGUUGAUGGUUGUCUAACCCAAAAUAUAUUUACAGAAAAGAGAUACUAGAUGGGCAGCAGGUGUAUAAAUCAUUUCAGGCAACAAAACAACAGAAGCCCAAACUUCCAAGUGGCAUCCUCAAAAUACUUCACUAUUCCAUCCAUUAAUAAAAAAGAACAUUGAGAAAUUCACAUAAGCCAUGCUCAAUUUUGCCCAUGCUCUAUAUAUAUUUGUGAGUCACAACCUAUCUUAUCAUCAGAAAACAUACACUAAACAUCCCUUGUGAGCAGCAUUUUUAUAAUAUACAAAAGUUGUCAUGGCUCUUCAUCAUUUCAAUCCAGAUAUGCAAAUCAUUAAUCCACCAUUCUCUGUAUUCAACAGUGACUCAAGUUUGAAUUUCCAUAACCAGUUUCCUUUGCAAAACCUGAACCCCACUUCCUUGGAGAUGUCAAACGUCAAUUUUCAGAGCUUUCUUGGACAUUCCCAUGAACACAUUUUCAACCAAGCCCCUGAAUUUCAAGUAUGUUUAACAGAAAACUUCCCUGGAAAUUUUCAACAAGAUGACAAGAAUACUGUAGCUCUAGCUAGAGAUGAUAUAAAUGAAAGCAAGAAGAGGAAAACAAUAGAGACCCCAGAAAGCAGCUCCGCAUACUCGUCCCCUGCAGUUUCUUGGAGUGAGACCAAAAGAAAAACUGUAAUGGCACUGAUACGCUCACUUUUCAUAUUCGUAAAGAGUGAUGAAAAGGAAGAAGAGAAAUUAAGGCAGGUGGUGCAUGUAAGAGCCAAGAGAGGCCAAGCAACUGAUAGUCACAGUUUAGCAGAAAGGGUUAGAAGAGGAAAAAUUAAUGAAAGACUUAGGUGUUUGCAAGACAUUGUUCCAGGAUGCUACAAGUCUAUGGGCAUGACAGUAAUGCUGGAUGAAAUAAUUAACUAUUUGCAAUCCUUGCAAAAUCAAGUUGAGUUCCUCUCCAUGAAGCUUUCUGCGGCCAGCACAUAUUAUGACGUCAACUCAGAGACAGAGAUUUUGCAGACGAUGCAGAGAGCAAAGGCAUAUGAAGCACACAUUAUGCAGAAGCUAAAGAAGGAAGGAUAUGAAGGGGUGGCUUCUAAUCAAGCUGGCCCCUUAAUUGACCACAGUUUUGGCUGCUAUCCCAAGUUGUCUUACAACACCUAAAGAUUCAUCCAGCAAUUUUCCCUUUUCUGAUCAAUAUAUCCCACUUAUGCAUACCUUUGUAAUUUUUGGACAAAUGCAUUGAGAUAUUGGACUCAUAUACUUUUAUUAAGUCUCAGAAUACAAUUUUGUGUUUGGAAUUUCACCAAAGACGUUAUAUAUAGAUAGACACUAAAAGUUAGCAUCA